GAAUAAGACAGAACGACAAUGGGUCUGUUUGAUAAACUAGCUGGCUGGUUGGGGCUGAAGAAGAAGGAAGUGAAUGUUCUGUGUCUGGGAUUGGACAACAGCGGCAAGACCACCAUCAUCAACCAACUGAAACCAUCCAAUGCCCAGACACAAGACAUCGUCCCGACCAUUGGCUUCAGCAUCGAGAAGUUCAAGACAUCAAGUCUCUCCUUCACAGUGUUCGACAUGUCUGGCCAAGGGCGAUACAGAAACCUCUGGGAACAUUACUACAAGGAGGGUCAAGCCAUCAUCUUUGUGGUGGACAGUGGAGACAAGUUGAGGAUGGUGGUCGCUAAAGAGGAACUGGACACCCUCCUGAACCACCCAGAUGUAAAGCACCGCCGGAUCCCCCUGCUGUUCUUUGCCAACAAGAUGGACGUGAGAGACGCCCUGUCUUCAGUCAAGGUCUCCCAGCUCCUCUGUCUGGAGAACAUCAAGGACAAGCCCUGGCACAUCUGUGCCAGCGAUGCUGUGAAAGGAGAAGGUUUACCUGAAGGCGUUGAUUGGCUGCAAGAUCAAAUCAGAACGAUGAGAACCUGAGAGGUUGAGAGAACGACGAUGGGGAGGGGGGUGAGAAGGGGGGAAAUGCCAUCGUCUGGGUGGCGUCAUGGCAACACUGGAGUCCCUCGGCCGUUGACCCCCCCCCCCCAAUACAGAUCAAA